GGAAAACAAUGUUUCGUGUAUCGGUUACAAUAAACACAGCGGAGAUAGAGACUGUUCGUAAGUGCGCGAACGAGUCUUUUGUUUGGCGAAAAGAUGCGCUUAACGGCACUCUUCUGCGGGUAAUUGCUGCUUUUCGAGUAGCCGAAGUUGAGAGUGGCCCUUAAUUGCAAACAUCAACGCAUUCGCUAUUGUCAUCGUCGCUGCAUGACCGUGAAAACACACUCGUUUGCGAAACGCGCAGCCAAGUUGCAGAAAGAAAGAAGUUGUCGACGGAGUCGAGUGGAUUUUACACGAAUCCGUCGGCAGCGGCCUGGCAGGUAGAGUGUGUAAAAGCUCGGCGACGCGCAUUCCAGAGCAGCGCGCGCACUCACCGACGGCUCGCCACUUAUAUACACGCGUUCCCUUCGAAUUGUCGGUCCAUUACUCGCUCGGCCGGCCACAUCGCACAUACGGUAUUGCGCGUGCAGCGCAUCGCGCACGAACCACGAACCGAAAGGGCCCCGCGCGGCGAGUACAGAAGCGCCGCCGGCGCGCCGCCGGCGCGCCGCACCGACUCUGGAGCCUGGUCUGGCUCUAGCGCGACGCGCCGGAUAGCGUCAGGCGGGCAGUCGCGCGCCGUGCGUCGUCAUGGCCGCUUGUUCGGCCGGCAGCGACGACAAGCCGACCGCGAUGGCAAGGUCCGAGCAGCUGACGGGCAGCAGCAGCAGCAGCAGCAGCAGCAGCCGCAGCAAGCCCUGGCAGCAGCGAUUGCUCGGCAAGCAUCUGGUGCGCUGCGGCGACGCCGAUCGGCCGGACGCCAGGCUGCUCAGCCACGAGGCCACGCAGCACUGCCAAGUGCUCGGCCUGUACUUCAGCUUCGUCGAUCCGGCCGCGAGCUGCGACGAGUUCACCCGUCGCCUGGUCGACCUGUACUCCAGCGUCAACGGCAGCGCCAGGGAGGAGCAGAACGGAGUGGCCGACGGCGAGCCGAGCAGCAGCAGGUUCGAGGUGAUACACGCGGUGCUUUGGACUAACGUGCAGGACGUGCUGGACCUGGGCCAGAGCUUUCGCCACCACGUGGCCGAGCUGCCUUGGCUCGCCGUGCCUAGCGACGACUACGAGCGCAAGACGCGUCUGACACGAAGGUACCGCAUAAAGGCGGGAGUACCGACGCUGAUCCUGCUGGACGGGGCGACGGGACAGGUGUUGACACGGGGUGGAGUCGAACGUGCCCUUGCUGAUCCAACUGGUCUGAGCUUCCCAUGGAAUCCACCCCAUCCUAAGUCCAACCUCGAAGAUGGUCCGCUGCUACCUUGCGGCGGCAGCCACAGCAACGAACCUAUGCUGCACGAAGAGCUACGUCACUGCUACAAAGGGGUCUACUUUAGUGCGCAUUGGUGUCCACCCUGCAAAGCUUUCACGCCACAAUUGAUAGAGACGUACCAACGUGUGAGGGAGCGUGGCCACAACUUCGAGGUGAUAUUCGUCAGCUCGGAUAGGAGUGAAGAAUCAUAUAAGACCUACACAGACACAAUGCCCUGGCUGAGAAUACCGUUCGCGCAAGAGGAAAGGCGGCAGAAAUUGGCAAGAGCCCUCGACGUCCAAGCCAUACCAACUCUGGUCAUUCUCGAUCCACGCGACAACAUAAUCACCCUCGAGGGCCGUACCGAGGUCCUUGAGGAUCCCGAGGGUCUUAAUUUCCCAUGGACGAGUCGACUGGUGAACAUCCUCACAGAGAAAUACGCGACAUCUUUGCACGACGCCCCAGCCAUUAUCCUGUUUGUCGAGGGUGAAGACUGCGAGAUACAAUUUGGCGAGAGCGUUCUUUUGCCGGCCGCCGAGAUGUACAGGCGCGACCGGCCGGACUACGACCCUAACUUCGACGAUCCAGACGACACGCUGCAGUUUUACAUAGCACUCGACUGUGAAACUUCGGACAUAUUACGGGAAUUCGUCAGUCUUGACGAUGCGGUUCCACUGCUCACGGCUAUCGACAUACCUCGAGGAGUUUAUGCAGUGAUGGAGGACGGCGCAGAAAUCACGGUCGAGUCGGUGCAGAAGUUUGUAGAAGGUUACAAGAAUGACAAACUGACAACCAACAAAAUUGCAGCUGUGCAUAAAAACGUCAAACCCGAGUGAAAUAUCGAAAGCAGUUCGAGAACGAUACUCAUUUUAACGAUACUGUCUUUAUGUGAUAAUCGCGGCAAAUGCACGCAGUACCCUCUCUUUAUGUUGUAUGUACAAAGCGCUACUUAAUCGAUGCAAUUAUCAUAAUCUUUUAGUAUUUGCGAUUUUAUAUUAUUCGUGUUGCUCUCCCAUCGGUAUAACUUUUUCAUUGUUCUUUGUCUGUAGCUGUUACAAGUACACAAAUUCCAUGGAUCCUCGUGGCUAAUAGCGUUUCCAUUUGAUAAUAUUCAUAUACUAAACUUGCAACCAUAUUUUAUUUUAUCAGAUGAGCAAAAAAGCAACUCUGGUUGCGGUUACGAGUCGUUACUGUUAACGAAAAUCAUCGAUGAGGAAAAUCAAGAGAGUUUAUUUGAAAACUAGGCCUUUCAGCAUAAAUCGGAAUAUUUAAUAAAACUGCCUUUCAAUAUUUAAUUAUAAGUCAAUCAUUAUUAUGAUAAAUGUCUGUACUUUUUCGCCAAUGCAAAAUCAAAACAAGAAACACUUCAAUUCAAAGUCUGUCUCUAAAAUUUUACGCGUCAAUGUAGUCGUUAAUGUUUUAACACGAUUGUAAAUUUAAAAAUGUUUCUGCAUGCCGAAACAUUUUUAUUUCAAUGAAUUCAAUAUCUUCAAAUUAAGAUUCAAACAAAUAUUUAUCAAGUCUAGCUAUUUUUGAGUAGGCCAAGUUUUGAUGAAAAACUUAUAUAUUUGUUGAUGAAAUGUGCAGGAAGAAUAUUAGAAAAAAAAACUGGAAAAAGAGUGAUUUAAACAAUGAUACAAUAAAUAAAUUUACUAUUAAUAUAUUACAAAAAUAAACAACCGCUCAUUAAAAGAAAAGGAAAUGAAAUGGUAGAUUGUAUUCAUGUUAAAGCCAAAUAUCUUGUAAUUCAAUUUCUUUUUCGAAUUGUCAUCUUUUUUAUAAUUUUGAUUUCCAAACAUUUAGUGUUAAGUUCUUAUACACAAUUAAGUAGGCACUUAAUGUUAUAUU